AGAAAAAAAAAUGUUUUCUAAGUCGCAGAACUAGAAUAUUCAAAAUGAAGGGGAUAACUCAAUCAAAAACACAAGAAGAGAUAGAAAUGUUAGAAGAAAUAUCGAAAUAUGAAUAUCCAACACAGGGUCCAACCGAUCUAAAUUACCUAACUGGGAGUUCAACCGAUCUAAAUUCCUUGACUGAUGGUUCAACCGAUCUAGAAAUCAUGACUGAUGGUUCAACCGACCUAAAUUCUACGGAAGAUCAAGAUGUGAUGACAAGAAUAUCUGAGGACCAGAUAAUUCUGAAGAUCCCGUAUUAUGAGAUAACAACAAAAGACUCAAUAAUUAUUUCUAUUGUUAUUCUUCUCUGGAUCUACUCAAUAGUUCUAAUAUAUAGAGCUUGGAAGAAGAUUUUAAACUAUCCAGACGAUUUUACCAGAACUCCGAAGGGAAUGGAUUUGUGGAGAUGGGUUUUUGAUGUUUUAAAGAUCAACAAGGAGAACAGGCUUAGGGAAAAGAAUGGUGUGGAUGUGGAAAUUGGAUUGCAAGAAAUGAAAGCCAAGAAAGGCCGUGUAGGGUUAAGGGAUCAGGGAGCAACCAUCCAAUCCAAAAGAUCAUUUAGAUCCUUUCAAUCCAGUCACAACAGGGAUUUUAGAUUCGGUGGAUCCCUGGACAACCCCAGGCAUCAAAGCCUGAUUGGAUCCAAUCGAUCCCUACAGCUGGAAUCCAGAUAUAGAAAAGAAUUAAGAGGAAAUCGAAUAAUUUCAAAAAAGGAUAAUCAGUUCAAUCCAUCACUCGAAUAUGUACAACCAGUAUCUCUAGAACAUGUACAGCCUACAACUCCGGUACAUAAAACCAGCUCUGAAUGGUACAACAAAUCCUUUGAAUCAAUUGAAUCUCAUAAAGUGUACAUAUUUAAAACGGAGGAUAGUAUUGGAUCAGAAUCAAGGUACACUCGAGACCAGAGGCUGGGGAGCUCAGGGGUUGAUGAUAUACAAAUCCUUGAGGAUGGUGUAGAGGUCUAUGAGAAGGAUGAGGAUGAGGAUAAUGAACUCUUAUCUCGACGAAGUUUAAAAAUGUACAGCAUGAGUAAACAAACUUAUGUAUAAUUAAAUCAUCAUAGCUACUGAACUAAAGGAACUGAUUACUCGUCACAAACUCUAAUUAUCUAAUCCCUGUAGCCUUGCAACAUGAUGACCUUAAUUUUCUGAUCUAGCAGAAUUCCUAGUUUGACAUAUCAACGGCCAACGAAAAAAGAUGCAAAGAAAUUAGAUUGUGAGGCAAGUAAUCAGUAAAUUUAGGACACCCCUCCCUCCUUCUCGAAGAAAAUAUAUAGAUCAAAGGAAUUGAGUCUUAGUCACAAAAUCAAAUGUUCUUUGAAACACAGUGUCGUAGACCUUAGAUAUUUCAAACUCUGAAUUAUGUUAGAUAAAAAAAUCAAUCUAUCAAUUCAGAUUGCA